AUGGACCAGCAGCUCUUGGACGACGAACGAACCCACACACCCCCCUCGCUCGCUCGCUCGUGCCCGCUCGGAGCUUCCCCCCUAGCUUCGUUGGUGUGCAGGCACGCAGUCACAGAACACGCCCUGGCCAUCCCACUCAUCCACCUCUCCCCAAUAAUAUCCCUCUCCCCUUUCCAUGUGCCACUCCGAUCUUUUCCUUUCUGCGCCCGCACUAUUGCACAUUUCCCUUUCUUACCCGAUGCUCGAAUCCCUCGAGAGAGUUUUUUUCCCGCCCCUGACCCCCCUGCAACACUACUGGACCCUGAAUCCGCCCGAAGCUGAGUACGCAUUGAUGCGCGCCUGUAUAAUUCCCGUCGAUUCGCGCAAAUACCACUUGAUGCGAGAGUGAUGCCUAUCGACUGUCCGUAUGGCGGAUUCAUUCUACAUCCAGUCUACAGUUGCAAUCACACUAAGACCCGCGUACGUGCUACCAUGCAUGGCUUCAUUUGCAGUCUGCGGCUGCGCCCCUGCUGCUAUCGAUUGAUACAUUCAAAACUACUGGUUACAUACGCCACCGCCAGUUACAGUUGCAACGACAUGGUAGCUCUCCCUUUGUAGCUGCUCUCAGCGCCGCACUACCUCUCAGCGGGCACCGAGGCGAGAUUGGACACCAAGGCCAGACCACUCCCAGUCUCCAUGCGAAGAGGCAAGCUCCAGUUUUGCAGCUCAGGAGAGACCGUCACCUGACGCAC